GCGUGCAGCUUGCAGGGAGCUAACCCGGGCGUCCGGAGCCGCGGCCGCAGCGCGCAGCUGGCAGGGGCUCCCUGCUAGCCACGCAGUCGCCUCCCAGGGGGCUUGCGGGGGCCUCUCGGCGUCUGCCUCACCAUCCCGGCCCCAGCAGGGGCCGCAGCCGUGGCCUGGGCUCCAACGGCCGCUACUAACUGCGCCCUGCCUGGAACAGACGCCUGCCCGCCCGCCCCGUCACGUGCGCCCAAGUCCUCGGCCGGCCCCGGGCAGCGCCGUUCCCAUGGUUCAAGGCUGUUGAUGGAGGAGAGGGCGGAUGACAGCCGGGACCGUGGUCAUCACCGGGGGCAUCUUGGCGACUGUGAUUCUGCUCUGCAUCAUUGCAGUUCUGUGCUACUGCCGGCUCCAGUACUACUGCUGUAAGAAGGACGAGUCCGAGGAGGACGAGGAGGAACCGGACUUCGCCGUGCACUCGCACCUGCCCCCGCUGCACUCCAACCGCAACCUGGUGCUGACCAACGGGCCGGCGCUGUACCCAGCCGCCGCCACCUCCUUCCGCCAGAAGUCCCCGCAGGCCCGCGCGCUCUGCCGCAGCUGCUCCCACUACGAGCCGCCCACCUUCUUCCUGCAAGAGCCGGAGGCUGAGGACGAGGAGGCCCAGGCCGUGCAUAACGGCGGGGGACGCGUGGCCUACAAGAGCAUCAGCCAGGAGGACCUGGAGCUGCCCGCCGGGGGCUUCGGGGGCCUGCAGGCACUCAACCCCAACCGCCUGUCGGCCAUGCGCGAGGCCUUCUCCCGGAGCCGCAGCGUCAGCACAGACGUGUGAGGCACCGCGACGCCCAGCACGGCCAGCCUGGCAGCCCUCUCCGGAGGCCCCCAGGCCAUGGCAGGAUCCCCACGGCACGUCCCCGGGGCCCCAGGCCUCAGCCCAGGCUCAGCCCAGCCUUCCUCGCAGCUCUGUCCUCGGGGGCCCCCAGGCCUGGGGAGCACCCCAGCCCUCCACAGGGAUAAGGCUCAGUGAACCUCAGUGCGGCUGCCGCAGGUGGAGGCCAGGUGCCAGGGCUGGCAGGGGCUGCACAGCAAGGCGGGGCCCGCUCUCGGGCACAGGGCCAGACCUGCUUCCAGGAGGUGCGGGGCAGUGGCCUCCGUUCCAAGCAACUCAGCCAUCUGGCUGUGCGGCCUGGGCCACGCCACGCCCUCCCUGGGCCCUGGUCUUCCUGUCUGCUCAGGGAGGGGUGCCCUCUGAUGCCAGGGGCGCUGCAGCACGGGCCUCCCUGACCGAGGACUCUGCCCCACCCCUGAACUGGGCCCCUCCCCCUCCCCUCUGCUGCCCACCCCCAGGCAUCUGCUGGGCCUGAGGCCCCUGUUGCCCUGACGUGCUGCAGAUGGACAGGUUCGCCAUCAGGAGGGCCCAGGGGCAGCGGGGCUCUUGGCGUACUUGUUCUCUGGUCUGAUUUUGAUGAAAGAGGGAGGUGGGCGGAGGUGAGACUGCACGGCCAGUCCCCAGGCCUGGCCGGGCCAGUAAGCACAGACACCCAGGGCUGGGGAGGUGGGCGAGCUGUGGCCCGGGAUGCAAGUCCCCAUCUCAUCAGGAGACCUGGAGGGCCUUCCCAUCCGUGGGCCUCGGUCUCCCCACCUGUGUGAUGAGGGCCGGCCUCAGGGAGCCCUUGGGGCUCUGGUUCUCAGCAGGAACCAGUGUCCAGGGAGAUCGGGCCACCCUCCCACCUACUUCCUGCUUGGAGCAAGGCCCAGGCCCAACCCCUGCGGCGCCCUGUGGGUCCAGCCGGCCAGAGCUUGCUGCUCCUGUGUGGGAGCACACACUCCUCCAAGCUCCGACCAGUCUCCCCAGGCCUUCUGACCCCUCUCCAGUGCCCUCUGUCCCGGGAGGAGAUGACGCCCAGUGGCCACCAGGGGCCCUGCCCCUUGCCCGGGCUACUGUCUGAGCACGGCUCUCCUGUCCUGCCAGCAGGAGGCGACUUCCUCUUCCUCAGCAGCACGACCCAAGGUCCCCUCCCGCUGGGGGCUCCCCUUCCUCCUGGGCUCUGCCAUGGAGCCCCAGGUGGGGCAGGCGUCCAGCACAGGCACCUCCCUAAAAGACAAGCUGCCCAGGGCCCUGGCCGCCCCGAGCCAGGCCCCAGCAGGACCUCUGUGCUCUCUCUCUAGCGCCCACGCAAUUCCAGAGACUGGGGGCUGCUGGUGGCGAGCCCCCGGCCUGGGCGCUCACCAUGUCCCUCUUCUUCUUCUUCACCCCCGUUCAGUGCAGCCCCCCCGUCCCGGAGCCUGUGCCCCAUCGGCCCUGCCCCGUCCCGCAGAGUGGCCGGGACAUCGGCUGCAGGGACCAGGGCCUUCCCCGUUCCAGGCCCCUCCUGCCUCCUGGUCUCUUCCCUCCAUAUAGUUCGUAGAUCUCCUUGGAACAAACGAGCAGCCAUCCCUCCUGGCCCACUGCACGCCACCAUGGGCCUGCUGAUGGAGCCCUGGGCUCCUUGGGGAAGCAAAGCCAAUAAAC